UCUCUUUCGUUGUUUCCAAGCAGCAGAAAAUGUGGACAAGCCCUGUGAGGAUGGGACGUCGCCCCCAGGCUUUUGUUUCCUGCCAGAGGAAAACUUCAAUCACUUGGCUGCAGCGUUAGCCCCGCCCCUUUACUGUACGGAGCCUCUGAUUGGUUCUGCAAGCCUCGGUGAAGACUGAUCAUCCAAUCAGAGACCAGCAGCAGCAGCUCCUCUGCAGCACGUUCAGCUCCAGAUAAAAGCGAGGAGAUCUCUGGAGGCAGCAGUGAUCUCCAUCAUGGAGGUGCCCUGGAGGCCUCCCAUCACCCUGGUCCUCCCCACACCAACUCCGUCUCCUCGCCGGUCCCAAGGAGCCGUGAGGAAAAGCUCAAUGAAGACGACGGUCCAGGAGAGGACGGGCAGCGUCUCAGAGAAGGACAACGAAGCCGGAGAGCUCAGCUCAGAGGAGGAGACGGCGGAGGAGUCUCCAGCUCGUCCCUCAAACACAAAGCAUGGAACGGUUGUCAGGGUCUCCUCCCGGGACAGUGUCUCCUCCCGGGACAGUGUCUCUGAGGAGAGCUCCUUCUCCGAGGAGAAGCUGGCAGAAGAGGCCAGCAGGAGACGUGAGGAGGAGGAAGCAGCAGCUAAAGAGAGGAAGGCUCAGCGGCAGCAGCUGGCCAUCCAGGAGCUCAUCCAGACGGAGAGGAAUUAUCUCAACAUGCUGCACAUCUGUUCAGGAGACAUCAGGAGGAAGCUGCAGCAGCUUCAGCCUCCUCCAGCCAACCUGGACAGUCUGUUUCUCUACAUCAAGGAGGUGAUGGACGUGUCCAGCCGUCUCCUUGGUCUGUUGGACCAGAGACAUGUCCAUCCCGAAGACCCGCAGUUUUUAAAAAACAUCUGCCACUCAUUCCUCAGCCUGUCUGCAGACAUUGAAGCAGCCUACAAGGAAUACUUGGCCAACUACAACAACACUUUAGAGGUGGAAAACGGCUACAAACAGAAAGAAGCGCUUUGGACGGAGAUCGUCACGAUCAUUAAGAACUCAGCGCCCGAGGUCAACGCCACCUCUCUGAGUUUCUUCUUGGUGAUGCCGGUGCAGCAGAUCACCCGGUACCCCCUCCUCCUGCAGACCAUCCAGAAACACACGGAGCCCACCCACCCGGCGUACAAACUCCUGGAGGAGACCGCCAACACCUCCAUCGCCCUGAACUGUCGCAUCAACGAGUACAAACGCUUCAGAGAAGUCGCUGAUAAAUACAAGAAGACAGAAUCUCUGAGCAUCAUGGACAAGAUCAAUCGCUUCAACCCCCACAGCAUCGCCAAGAAGACCGCGAGGUUCAGCCAAUUCCUAAAACACGAGACUGGAAUCAAACCCAAGCUCGUAGACGAGGAGUUCGACGCCUUUGAAGGUUUCUUUAACAUCCUGGAGAACGGGAUCCUGGUUCUUCUGGAGAACGUGGAGGAGUACCUGCUCCACCUGCGGAGGUUCCUCGCGUGCAAAACAGAAGAGUUUGACUUUGAAAUGGACGGAGAGAAGACCCCCAUUUGCUACAAAGAGAUCACCACUGCGCUCCGACUGUGGAUCCUUCCAACGUUUGAAAAAAGGGUGAAGACGUUGAUCCACAAGCCUCUGUGCAUGCUCCGUGACCUCCUGGUGGGCCCGAGGAACCUGAUCAAGAAGAGACUGGACAAGCUGCUGGACUACGAGAUGAUCGAAUCCAAACCAAACCUGAGCUACGAGGAGCAGGCCGUGGCCAACACGUACAGGUGAUGGCGGCGUACAACUUCACCGCGAGGGAAAGCCACGAAGUUUCUGUUCAGGCCGGCGAGCCUGUUCGAGUCCUGGAGCCCCACGACAAACGAGGGAACCCCGAGUGGAGCCUGGUGGAGGCUAGAAGUGGUCAGAGGGGCUACGUGCCCUCCAAUUACCUCACCAUGAUGCCUUUGGGGGCGGGGCCUCCUGGCUUCAGGUUCUGAUAGGACGAGGCGAAGAAAACAGCAACAAAAGCUUUAGGUGCAAUUUACUAAAUGUUCUAAUGAAGCUGCAGCUACUACUGAAACAAUACGUUUUAUCUUCAUAUUUUACUGUCACAAUCUGGUUUUAGCUAAAUAUUCCUGUUGAGUUUGACAACUUUAAUUUUUUAAAAAUUGAUCAUCACAGCCUUUUUUAAUGACACUUCCUGGGUGUCUGUGGCUGUGAAUGGAUUUAAACAUCACGAGGUGAUUUUAAACCAUUUUAUCCGUUUUAUUUUUUAGUCCAGAUUUAAGCUAUAUUUACAAAAACAACAUAAAAAACUCAAUUUCUGCUUCAUGCAAAGCCAAAAACAUAAAUUUAUACACUUUUUUUUCUGAAA